UUCCAGUAGAUCAGGGGUCCCUUUAGAUCCCCCAGCGCCUGAGACAUGGAGACCUGGGAGGGACUGCCCCAUGAGUCCUUGGUGCCCACAAAUUCCAAGACCCCUCAGCACCUCUUCUGUGUGGUGAGUGGACCACUUACCCCACUAGGUGAAGAUGUCAGCCCAGGAGAGCUGCCUCAGCCUCAUCAAGUACUUCCUCUUCGUUUUCAACCUCUUCUUCUUCGUGAGUUGCCUCAUGGCUACCCAGCCGGGGCCCAGCCCCUGCCGCUAACCCAGCCCUCAUCUUCCCCCGUGGCCCACCCCCGUAUCCGCAUCUCCUCUCCCCAGGUCCUGGGCAGCCUGAUCUUCUGCUUCGGCAUCUGGAUCCUCAUCGACAAGACCAGCUUCGUGUCCUUUGUAGGCUUGGCCUUCGUGCCUCUGCAGAUCUGGUCCAAAGUCCUGGCCAUCUCGGGAAUCUUCACCAUCGGCAUCGCCCUCCUGGGUUGUGUGGGGGCCCUCAAGGAGCUCCGCUGCCUCCUGGGCCUGUAUUUUGGGAUGCUGCUGCUCCUGUUUGCCACACAGAUCACCCUGGGAAUCCUCAUCUCCACUCAGCGGGCCCAGCUGGAGCGAAGCUUGCAGGACGUCGUAGAGAAAACCAUCCAAAAGUACGGCACCAACCCCGAGGAGACCGCGGCCGAGGAGAGCUGGGACUACGUGCAGUUCCAGCUGCGCUGCUGCGGCUGGCACUCCCCGCAGGACUGGUUCCAGGUCCUCAUCCUGAGAGGUAACGGGUCGGAGGCGCACCGCGUGCCCUGCUCCUGCUACAACUUGUCGGCGACCAACGACUCCACAAUCCUAGAUAAGGUGAUCUUGCCCCAGCUCAGCAGGCUUGGACAGCUGGCGCGGUCCAGACACAGUACAGACAUCUGCGCGGUCCCUGCAAAGAGCCACAUCUACCGCGAGGGCUGCGCGCAGAGCCUCCAGAAGUGGCUGCACAACAACCUUAUUUCCAUAGUGGGCAUUUGCCUGGGCGUCGGCCUACUCGAGAUGACUGUCAUGGUGCUGAGCGUGCAGCUACAGCGCAGGGCACUCCGCCGGAAAUGCGAGCCGCACGUGCCGGAGGCUGGGGGUUCGAGCCCCGGGCCCAGCUUGAUCGCUGACGGCGGCGGCGGGCGCAGCGGCAGUCUGUGGGGUGGCUGGGGCAUGGCGGGUGCCUGCCCCAACUGGGGGGACAAGGCACCGCAGGGCAAGCUGCCCAUGGCCCUGGGGCUUUGGCCGCUGUGGGUUCAAGACGAGGACCAGCCUGACACUGGGAGUGCGGGCGCAGAAUUAGAGGCCGAGGCAGAAUUAGAGGCUGAGGCUGAGGGGGAGACAGAUGAGCCUCCAAAAUAAAGGACCCUGGGCUUGCU